AUGGCGAGCAGAUCAGUAACCGGAACGGCGGUGCUGUGCUUUCUUGUGGUCUCUCUCCUUCUGGCGUCGUCGUCGUUCGUUGCUGGAACUGGAACUGAAGCAGCGGCGGACUACGGUGCAGGCAGGAAGAUGAAGCAGACAGCUGCGGGAGCUGUGGCACCUGGCAACGACGAAGCAGGAUACCUACGGCUACGGCUACCCUGA